AUGAGAGCCACCAAAUUCCUACUAAAUGCAGCCCAAAAACAAAAACCGGGUAUCGGAAUCCCCGUUGAAUUGACCCCUCUAUUCGUGGCGAUGGGUGUGGCUAUCAGUUCCGCCACUUGGUUCACCUACAAAAAGUUUAGAUACGACACCAGUUUGAGAGUUGGAAGAACCAAUCCAGACAGAUCUGGUCUAAAGCAGGUUCUGGAAGAGACCAAGGAAUAA